GAGACGGCUGAUCCAGCCAGCCCCGCCGAGCUGCACAACAAGCCUCUCCUCCAGCCCGAUACAUCACUACCUUCACUUACAAACACUCGUGCAUCUGCAUUUUUUUCCUCUCCUUUCAAUAAUUGCACAUAACGAGAGAAGCUUCACGUCCGCGCCUAAAGAAAUUCGUGAUGAACUCAGAAAGCAGGCACUGAGACGACACAGACAUGCCGAUGUCCUGGGGGUUCCACCGCCUACUCCUGGCCUGGACUUGUCUCUGUGUCCGUGGAGCCCCUCUGCAUCUCCCCAAUGUGAACAACACAGGAGAGAUCUUCUGUGAGGGACAGUGUGCCGGCUCGGUAACGACUGCUGGAUCAAGGCACACCAGCCAUGAGGAGUCUACCCCCUCAGAUGCAAAACUUGUUACUGGUCUCACGCCGAAUGUAGGUGCAGGAGGAGGGACUGACCCACAUGGAAGACCAGAGGGGGUAGAUUCAAUGACGCAGGAAGAAAAUGGGGACAGUCUUGAUAGAAGAUCUAGGCCGAGGGAGAUUGAUGGAGAGGCAUGGAGCCAAGGAAGCGAGGUGGAGACGAUUGAGACCAGGUCUGAGAUGGGAGAGAGCAAAAAGGAUGCAGACGUCAACAGUGAGCACGUAAGUCUUACAGGUGGAGGGGAGCAGGUGGAUUUUGACAUGAGUACUCCUGGAUGGACGACAUCCUCUGAUUCAUCAUCACAGCUGGAUGGCUCAUACAACCAAAAGAGUAAGCAGAGUGGAGAAGACGGGACCACACUGUCCAGUUUUGCUUCCAUUCAGGAUGGAGACCCGGCCACAGACCUGCCGUCGUUCACAGAGCCUCCAAAUGUCUACACUUCCCUCUGGACUCAGAAAAUGGCUUCCCAGAGUCCCAUCCCUCCCUUGAUGUUUGUCACCCCUCGGACAUCCACCUCUCUCACAAUCUGGAGCCAUGAUGGAGCUACAAUAUCCCCUUCCUCAGAUACCAUUUUACCUGAAAUGGGACCUAAUCCCAUACCCAGAGAAGAUGCCCUGGAAAGCCUGUGGACCGAAGCAGCAAGCCCUACGGGUGCAGACGCAGCCGUCUCACUGUCUCAAGAUGACGCCAUAGAGGCCGCCAUGUCCUCCAAGGCUUUUCCUGUCAUCUUUGAGCCUGUUGAAGAUGCUACAGCAGAGGGGACAGCAGCAGCAGCAGCAGCAGCAGCAGCCGUUGACCGCGUGUCAGGUGGCAUUCACCCUCCUGGUGCCAUGGCAACCAGAGGAGUCCAUAUGCUGGAGGUGGACAUGGACCAGCUGAUCACAGCGGAGACUGACAGAGAAGGUCCUUCACAAUACCCACCCGUCCUUCUACCGGACUGGACGUCGUCUUGGCAGACAUCUGGCGCUGAGCUGCCGGAGCCGAUCAGCCCUUCAGGUCCGUCUUUUGCACAGCGGCAACUCGAAACUGACCCGGAGGAUCAUGGGAAGAAAGAUGCAGUGAAGACAUCAAACCCUGAAGAAAACAUCCCCUCAACGGACCCUUCCCUCUCAUCCAUCCAGUUCGCUAUGACAACGGUAACCAUGGAAACCCAUCAGCGGGUACACAACUCCAGAACAGGGCUAGAGGAGAUGGAGUCCGAGGAAGAGCUAGAUGAGGAGGAAGAGGACGACGAGAACUCUGAGGAAUCAGUGGAAGACGAGAGCGAAGAAGAUCUAACAGAAGCUCCUAAAACAUCCUCAUCAACACAGCCCCCGUACAGUCUCAUCCUCCACCUCCCGUGUGGGUGCAGCGCAACCAGGGGCUGAUGCGUAGCUGGGUGGAGCUGAUCAGAGAGAAGGCCGGUUAUGUGUCUGGCAUGUUGGCCCCUGUAGGCAUCGGCAUCACGGGGGCCCUGCUAAUUGUCGGCGCCCUCUACAGCAUCAGGAUGAUUCACCGCAAGAGGAGGAACAGCUUCAAACACCAGAGGAGGAAGGUCAGACAGCCAGAGCAACCUCGCGAGCCGAGCACCAGCCGUCAGGACCAGGCCAUGCUGCUGCCGACAGCUCCGAGGACGAGUUCUGACGUCCAUCUUUAGGGUUUUUUUGUUUUUCAGUGGUCUUUGAUGGACGUUCCCGUAGCUGGGUGGGAAGGGGGGGGCUGGCAAACUCUCCACUUCACUCCAAUCACUGUCUAAUAUUCGGGUACGACUCAUUUGAUCCACAGAAUGUAACUGAGCAGAUGGCAAGGUUUGCACAGGCUGCACGCAGGUGAGCUUUAUUAGAGCACUUUGAUAAUGUUGUCAGAUGUUGGACUGCAGCUGCAAGGAGGAGAGGAGAUGGGAAGAGUUACGACAACCAUGUGUACAUACGUAUAAGCCCAAAACUAUUUAUAAAACAUGCUCAAUAUUGAUUUGUAGAGAACUGAAAAUGGCAUGCAGAAUUGAGAAAGAUAUUUCAAUCAUACAUUCCUUCUUCUUCUUGAAACUUAUAUUGAAAUUAUUCUUACUCUGAGUAAUCAGCUGCAUGGUAUUUGUGAGUCUCUUGAUGAUCUAUUCACCAUUUCUGGAUGUUUUUGGUCGAUGCCAUGUUAGAGACUCUAAUGCUCCUCAUUUUAGAGACGACAGAUGUUUCUCUUCUUUCAAGACAGCCUUCCCUUUCACAGGGUUUCCUGGAAAACUGGCUGACAAAACAAAUGAUGACAUUCCGUCCGCCAUGCUUGAUCAUGCAAAUAGUGUUUUGGGGUUAAACUCGUUUCUUUUCUUUCUUUCUUUUUCACCCCAAAAGAGACAAAAACAAAACUAAGCUUGCAAAAAAAAAAUAAAAUAAAAAAUCACAUGUUCUCAUCUUAUUUGGCUGCAAAAUUGAAAACCAAAAGCUUUCCACUACAUUCAAAUCUGUGAACCUGUUUUGAAGAAACUGAGCCAUUCUUGCUCAUCGAUCAACCCAAAGAACCAAAUCGUCAUCAUCUGCUGGAUUUCCUGCAUGGAGAUUUUGUCAUUAGACUUGUUCAGAUUCAGUAACAGCCUUCGUGGUGAUCUCCGGACCUUGGAUUCCUUGCGAAAGAGGGAUGAUGGCAAAAAUGUAAAAAAAUCUCCCCCCAAAAUAUCAAGCAGCCUGUAAAGUUCACCCAACAAAACGACUCACACAUAAAAGACGGACUUGAAUCCAAAAAACCCGAUGGAGAUGUGCAAAAAUUUGCAAAAAAAAAAUGAUGUUGUCAUAAGAAGUGUGUGGAUGCAGCAGUUAUGUAAGAGAUAACUGGGGUAUGAAUAAUUAUGGAUGUGGUAUUUUUAGUCAGUAAUGUAAAAAAGAACAUUAUUUAAAAUGUUUCAUCAAGGUUUUUUAAAUGUUGUUUGACUAUUAUUUUCCAAAAAAAAAACAUUUGUCAACUUUAAAAAGACAAAAAACACUAUUACCGGUAAUCUAAUUUGAUAUGGGUUUAAAUGAUUUUAGACUUGCACAUUGUACCAUAUAUGUGUCUUGAAUUGAAUUGUCAGUGUAAAUAGCUUCAUUUCUUCCUAAGCAACUAAAAUAUUUAAAAAGGUGUCCUUUGGAAAACUACCCAUGUUUGAUUUGUUUUUAAUUGGAGAUGGAGGCGAUGAUCAGUAUGAUUGACAAGUCUUCUAAAAAUAAAAACUGCUUAUUGGUUUUGAAUGUAUUUUUUUUCUUUUAAAUCACUUAAGUUUAUUGCUCAUUGAAAAAGAGAAUUGAAUUGGACAAACCAUCAUGAUGACGUUAUAAGCAGACCUCUGCUGGUUAAACUGUAGGUUGUAAAGUGACCAUUUGAUCCAAGUGAAUUAACGUUUCUAAUCUCCAAAACUGUAAAACCAAGUGAUUUAUCUUCUUUCCCAGAAAUAUCAAACCAAUCCUCAAAAUAUCCAAACCUUAGAAAAACAUUUAAUACAUUGUUGCGGCAGUUCAGCUGAACUGAUUCUCGGUUUAAAUAUGAAAUUAAUGGAAAUGCAAAUGUUUUAUUCAGUCUUUUGUUCAUAGUAGUUACUGUGAAACAAAUACAAAGCACCACCAUCCUAUAAAAGUAUGUAGCAUAAAACAAACUCUGAUGUACAAUAUAACUCUGAUAUGAAAUCAUUUCUUCUUUUUUUUUUGAACUGCAUGGCCUACUUUUGUUUUUAAGAAAUGAUGCAUUUCUGUUGGCUGAAAACACACCGAGGACAGUGAAAGAAAACCCCAUCUUUUCACACAUUAGAAAAAGAAAAAAACCCAAGAAACUGGUCAGUUUGUACAAUAGCGUAUUUCAUUUGCAAAUCUUCCUCCUCCGAGUGUAGAUAAAGACGUUUUCUGAAAAAUUUCAGCCCUGAAUGUUACGAUGCUGGAUGGAGUAAUACGUUUCUAAUUUUGCGAAAGAGUACUCAAAUAAGAAGACAAGUAUCUGCUUGUAACUAAUAACGUUACAUCGAGGUGUCUUCUGUGACUCUGUCUCCCAUCUGACAUCCUUCCCUGUACAAAUGCCUGUUUAUAUGCAUUAAUACUGUUUCAAAUCAGUGCGUCAUGUAAAACUGGACUUUUUGUUUUGUUUCCGUGUGUAGAUAUUGUGAUUCAAUAAAUAGUCCUUCUA